AUGCGCAGAGUCGCAGACAUUGUAUGUAAUGAUGAUCAGUUCAUGUUUGAUCAGAGCGAGAAAGGAAAGACCGAUCGAUCGUUCCAGUCGAAAUUUCCUUUCAGCUAUGGUGGAAUGGGUAUGUACAAGACGCACCUAUUUGGGAGGGCAAGCAUUUUGGUCACUAAACCCAAAACUUGCAGGGCAGUACUAUCAAACGGGGAUGAAUCGUUCCAAAUUGGUUAUCCCGCGAUCAGCAAGCUCUCACCCAAUUCGCUUAAAUCCAUUGAAGGUGUCGAGCACAAGCGUGUGCGCAAGCUAAUGAAAUCCCCUGUAAGUGGCCAUGAAGCAUUAGCUUUGUAUAUUGAGCUUAUAGAAGAUAAUGUGAUCAUUUCGUUGGAUGAAUGGGCAAGUAUGAGCACCAACCAACCACAAAUCAAGUUAUUGAGUGAGAUUAAGCGUGUUAUUUUCAAGCUCAUGAUCAACAUCUUCUUGCGUCCAAACUAUGUUUCUCUGAUUGGUAUUAUGGAUAAAUUAUUCACAGAUGUGAAUAAUGCGUUCCUUUCAACGGCUAUCAAUAUCCCCGGUAUACAUCACAAUACUCUCAACAAGGCCGAUGAGGCUUGUCAAGAGUUGGUGAAGAUUCUUCAAGGUGUAGUUGAAGAAAGGAGGAUUGAGAUGGAAAGAAAACAGUCUUCAGGGGUGGCAACAUGUAUGUUGGAUUUGUUGCUCAAGAGUAGUGAAGAUGAUGAUAAAUUGGAGGAUGGGGAGAUUAAUGAGUUGCUACGUACUAUGUUGCUUGCUGGACAUGAAACCACUGCGUAUACUACAAUGUGGGCCAUCUCAUUCCUUCAUGAUCAUCCCCAAAUCUUGCAAAAUGCUAAGAUUUGGGGAUGA